GGCGGCGCUGCCUGCUCGGGUCGGAAGCAGCCGCCGGCCUGUCCGCCUCGGGUGCGCUCGGCUCGGUUCGGUUCGGUUCGGUUCGGUUCGGCCCGGCGGGCUCCCGCGGCAGGGCUGAGGCGGGCGGGAGCCGCCAUGGUUUAAAGCACGGCGGGCGGACGCGAACGGGCAGGAGCCAUGAACCUGCUCCCGGCCAACCCGCACGGCAAUGGGCUGCUCUACGCCGGCUUCAACCAGGACCACGGAUGCUUUGCAUGUGGAAUGGAAAAUGGAUUCCGAGUGUAUAAUGCAGAUCCCCUCAAAGAAAAAGAGAAACAAGAAUUCCUAGAAGGUGGCGUUGGCCAUGUUGAGAUGUUGUUUCGCUGCAACUAUUUAGCACUGGUAGGUGGAGGAAAAAAGCCCAAGUACCCACCUAACAAAGUAAUGAUCUGGGAUGACCUGAAGAAGAAAACUGUCAUUGAGAUAGAGUUUUCAACAGAAGUCAAAGCUGUUAAGCUGCGAAGAGACAGAAUUGUGGUAGUCUUGGACUCGAUGAUCAAAGUUUUCACGUUCACACACAAUCCCCACCAGCUGCACGUCUUUGAAACCUGCUACAACCCUAAAGGUCUCUGUGUCCUUUGUCCGAAUAGUAAUAAUUCUCUUCUUGCAUUUCCUGGAACACACACUGGGCAUGUGCAGAUAGUGGAUCUCGCCAAUACAGAGAAGCCUCCUGUAGACAUACCAGCCCAUGAAGGAGUCUUGAGCUGCAUCGCUUUGAACCUGCAGGGAACAAGGAUUGCAACAGCAUCAGAAAAAGGGACCCUCAUAAGAAUAUUUGAUACUUCAUCAGGGCAUUUAAUCCAGGAGCUACGCAGAGGAUCACAGGCAGCCAAUAUCUACUGUAUUAACUUCAAUCAGGAUGCUUCCCUGAUCUGCGUGUCCAGUGACCACGGCACAGUACACAUCUUUGCUGCAGAGGACCCCAAAAGAAAUAAGCAGUCAAGUUUGGCCUCUGCCACCUUUCUCCCAAAAUACUUCAGUUCCAAAUGGAGUUUUUCCAAAUUUCAGGUUCCCUCAGGCUCUCCGUGCAUCUGUGCCUUUGGAACAGAGCCAAACGCUGUCCUAGCAAUAUGUGCCGAUGGCAGCUACUACAAGUUCUUGUUCAACCAAAAAGGGGAAUGCUCAAGGGAUGUCUAUGCUCAGUUUCUAGAAAUGACUGACGACAAGCUCUGAUCGGGUUGAGGGGAGUGCACGGGUCAAAGCACUGCCCUGGCUAUUCCACACCUUUGGAAGGACAGUAUACGAGUGGCCAGUACUGAUCAAGAAGUCUAGCAGACCUUACUAAGAAGCCUGGCCCAGCACAAUCACAGGAGGCUCUGAAGUAGUGGACUACGUAUGUUUAUUCUCGUUUCUGCAAGUAUUCAUCAUUAAAAUCUCUUUGGGUUACUGUCAUCAACUCAAGUUUUCAAGAUGUGGCUUUCAACAAGCUUGUGCCUACUGGGUUUCUCUUGCUCUAAACUGAAAUGACUUUCAAUUGAAUGUGAGUGCCUGCCACACUGAAGAGCUGCAGGGCUGUACAGACAAAGGGAAGUGCCAGCAGAGGAGUUAUGAAUGGCUGGGAGUGGGGGGAACACUAUGGAUCAUGAUAAACCCCUACCAGCCCAGUAGGGAGCAGGCUGGUGCCUGACUACACCCAAGGGGACGAGAGGAAAGAGGGGACAAGUGUGUGGCCAGAGCUGGCUGUUGCCUUAGCCAGGCUUGGUCUGACCUGGUUUGGGGAGGGAAGGGGGUGGCAAUUGCACAGCCCCAGACCACUGCUCCCAUAGGCUCGUGGUCAAGUUAUCAGUACCAACUAUGGAAGAUGCCAAACUGCACAGGAAGGCUGAAGGUGGGUUUAGGUACUAGCUGACCCAACCAGCCUCUCCCCACGGUACAGAGCAGGCACACAGGGUGUUCAGACACCAGGAGCUCCUGGAGCAGUGGAGGUGAGUGAUUCCUCCUAUAACAGCCGCUCCAGGAUUAAGUGCCACCCUUGUACCAGUGCACAAGCUGUUCUGAUGCUUCUGGAAUGCUGUGAUGUGAUACUGUAUCUCCAGCAUGGUCACUGAACCAGGAGGCAUGAAGCACCUGUCUGCAGUGGCUUCAAACCUGCCACACUUCCUUUUUUCUUUCCACAUGGGAUGUUGGAUACCAGUUUCUGCUGGCCUAGGGACAGGUGAGACUAAACCCACUGACAUGUAAACUCCUUCCCAAAAUUGUUACAUGGCCAAUAUAUAAUUACUGCUAAACUAAGGCACAAGAUGCUAAACAAGAAGCCGAGAUAGAUCCAAGCUCUGCUCCGAGCACAGAAUGCCCAGUGAGGGGGAGGCCUCCUCUUCAGAAUCCCAUUUCACAGAUGCUAGGUCCGUCUAAGGUCGUUUAGCUGCACACUAAAUUUGACAAAUUUCAUUUAGUGUCAUGUAACAUACUAACUUCUACGCAGACUUUGAUGUCAAAGUUGCAUGUUGCUUUUACGUGUAUAAUCACAGAAAUUGUUUUGCACACUUAUUUGUAAUGUUAUUUCUUUUAAAUAAAAGUGACUAAUUUUGCUGUA